ACCAACCGUGUUAGCGUUGUGUGAUUGUUUCUGUAUUUUCCGCUGCACAUCUUUGAAGAAACAAGCAACGCCGAACAACGAGCGAAUGCGACGAGCUAUUCACCCCCCCCCUCUAGCUACUUUUGGACCUAACAGAUGAUUGUAUGCUGAUACUGUAUCUGGUUAAGCAAAUUGAUCUGUAAGCUAUGUCCUGCCUAUUUCUCGCUUUCCAAAAUAUGGAAAAUAAAAUGGAAACCAAAUACCUUUGUCUGACUGUUAUUGAUAUGGAAUAGAAUAUUUAGUUUACUUCUGUUCCAUUACAUUAUUGAAUAGCACAUUCAUAUCAAAUUCUAGAAUGCUAGGAAACAAAUGUGUCAAAGUGUGUACACUAUCAAGCCAAUUAAAUAAAAGGGGUACAAAUUGACAUGACUAAAAUGUUUGCAAUACUUUUCUUUCCUUUCAUUGUUUUGAGUUGAAUAUGAAGCACAUUCUAAAGAUCUUGGCUUUACUGGUUGUUGUUGCUGCCACUUGGAUCACCUUACUUGAAACAUCAGUAGUUCUUCAUCACUACACUUGCUUCCAGUUUAUCUAGUUGUCUCAUUAGGCUGUUAUGGCCUUCUUAUGGUAGGAGUUGGUUUGAUGCUGUUUCCAACAUGUCCCCAGGAAGCUGUACUUUUGCAGAAGGAUAUUGUAGAAGCCAAGGAGUUCUUUGGACGAAGAGGGGUGGAUGUGGGUUCUGAUUAAAGUGAUUUUCAUCAUUCAUCAGUUCAUGUUACUUCUUCAUUCAUCUCGGUACGGUCUCCAGCUCCAUAUAUUUUCCCUUUCUCUGUCAUUCUAUGUAGCUAUUCAUGCAGGAUGAAAUCUACAAUUUUCAAGAUAAUGUUAACUCAUUUUGUGUCGAUACUUGUUUUCUCUAUCACUUGAAGAAAAAGAAAAAUCCUUUUUCCUAUGAAUUUUAUGAUUUGAAUGAGAUAUUGAAUUCUGAUGGCAGAAAAUUGCAGCUCAAGUAAAUGAAGUUUUGGAAGUGAAUUAAGUACUUAUCUUAACCAUAUAAUAUAUUUUGGUCACUCAAAUCAAAGAAUUGCUCAUUGAAUUCAAAGCUCUCAAGAAUGGUAGAAAUUUUCCUACCAAAGAAUAGUUGAUAUUGUGACUGUCUCUGUCUUCUUUGUCUUCCAUAUAUUCGAAACGGCAUGUGAUGUUUCCAAAGGAUGUUUGAUUAAUGCAGUAACAACAACAACCUUAUCCCAGUAGGUGGGGUCGGACAAAUGCGAUGAGGAAAAAUUCCCACAUCCAUUAAUUUUUCUCCACUUGAUAAGUUUUUGAAUCAUAAUUCAACUACAAUCUGGAAAGGUUGCUAUGGGACAUGGCACUUGGAAAGCCAGAUGAAUAGUUGUUCAUACCUGUUUUAAGAGUUCAUCUUAAUAAAUUAUUUAGUAGGGAUUUACUAGAACAAUAUUCUAUCAGUCUCAGAUUGAGAAAAUUCCCAACAUACACCAGUCCAUACUUUUCUUUUCUUCUUCAAAAUCAUCUCUCAUAAUUCACAAUAAUUUAGUGAUUCUUUCAUCUUCUGUUGAAUAGCUAAUAAUUAUCGCAUCAAGUAGUUUUUUCUAAAAAUUCUGAGAAACAUAUAUGAACAAUGGGCUUAUUUAUUCUGAGAACAAUGGUGAUGCCUCUUGAGUAAUGUCAACCAAUUAAGGAGCCAUUUGACCAAUUCCAAUGUCAAAUAGCAGGAGGAAAUCAUCCGUGCUUUCUUCUUCAUUUAUGGUUUGAUUUUUCCAAAAAGAUGGCCACCAACAUGGCUUAUUGCUAGUAGUUGCUGACUAAUCAAGGAUUCUCGAUGGCCUUAUCAAUUUGAACAUUUAAUUAAUUUCAGAAGAAAAUUAACACACUUCACGGAGGAGAAAACAUAUAUUAUGAACAGAAUUUGUGUGUUUUUUCUCUCAAAUUUGAGGGAAUUUAAUAUGUUUCACAUCUAGAAAGUUGUGACUUAUAGUUGUGACUUAUAGUUCUCUCUUAGUUUCUUGAUCUGAAGAGACAAAUUUAUCGGAAAGGAGGUGUCAAAGUCCAAAAACAUAAUUUAACAAUCUAUUGAUGACGAUAAUAUUGAAAAGGAGUACGGCUAUGAUUCAAAAUGGUUCCUCGAUCAAUAAAAGGGUAUGUCGAGAGUAAACAGACCAAGAUUCAGGUCGUCAUAUUGAGCUGUAUCUAUAAUCUUCAACCUAACGUCUAAUAGUCAUUCAAGACGUGUUGUAUGUUGAUCAAAAAUUGACGAGAUAAACAACUUAUCUUUAGUUCUUUUCAGUCUAAUUUUCAAAAUAUAGAUUGAAUUAACAUAUCAUAAAUUUAUUAUUUUUUUUUUGACAAAAAAAACCUUUGACAUCUUUGUAACUCAUUCAUUCUUUGACUUUUGUUUUCCAUCCAAAUUCUACAAAACCUGCGCGCUUAUACGCAACCCUUCCAAGUCAAACAUUUUUAAUAAUCAACGGCGGCACGGCUCACAAUCCACCACCUCCUCUCUGCUCUAUAAAUUCCACUCUUCUCCACUCAUUUCCAUCGUCUCUUCUUCCACCUCUCACCGGAACUGAAUUCAUGUCUCUCCUCGGAUCUAACCCCAUGGAACUUUUGGUGGCCCUCCUUCUCGCCGGAAUCACAGCCGUGGUUGCCCAGAACUGCGGCUGUUCCACCGACCUCUGCUGCAGCCGCUACGGCUACUGUGGCACCGGCGACGCCUACUGCGGCGUCGGGUGCCGGGAGGGCCCCUGUUACUCAUCUCCGACAAACGACGUCUCGGUGGCCGACGUGGUGACGCAGAGCUUCUUCGACGGCAUCAUCAGCCAGGCAAACAGCGGCUGCGUCGGCAGGGGAUUCUACACGCGCGACGCUUUCCUUGUCGCCGCCGGCUACUACCCCAACUUCGGCCGCACCGGUUCUGCCGACGACUCCCGCCGUGAGAUCGCCGCCUUCUUCGCCCAAGUCACGCACGAGACCGGACAUUUCUGCUACAUCGAGGAGAUCAACGGCGCAUCGAAUGACUACUGCGACGAGACCAACACCGAGUGGCCGUGCGUCGCCGGGAGGAACUACUACGGCCGUGGCCCCAUCCAACUGUCGUGGAACUUCAACUACGGCCCCGCCGGGCGGGACAUCGGCUUCGACGGCCUGGGCGCCCCGGAGACGGUGGCCAACGACGUCGUCAUCUCCUUCAGGACCGCCCUGUGGUACUGGAUGAACCACUGUCACUCCCUCAUCGUCUCCGGGCAAGGAUUCGGCGCCACCAUCCGCGCUAUCAAUGGCGCGCUCGAGUGCGACGGCAACAACCCGGCGACGGUCAACGCUCGGGUGGGCUACUACACGGACAACUGCAGGCAGUUGGGCGUUGACCCCGGCAGUAAUCUCACUUGUUGAGUGAGACUUCUUCGUAAUAAAAUAUAGUAAUCAUAAAUAAUAAUAUAAAUAAUAAUAUAAAUAAUAAUGUAUUUUUCUCUUUCAAAUUGAAUAAAAUGUUCUUUCGUAGUAGAGAACAAAAAUAGAAA